AAAUCGUCGGAAUUACCUGUCAUGUAAUCGGGGCAAUUGAGUGAUGUUACCAACAUGUCUACGUACUCCUUGUUGUGUGAGAGAAUUGCUGUCGCUAAGGAGCUAAUAAAAAGAGCAGAAGACCUUUCCAAGUCCCGGAAAGGUGGCAUAGAAGGCGGAGCAAAGCUGUGCAGUAAACUAAAGGCAGAGUUGAAAUUUUUGCAGAAGGUGGAGGCCGGUAAGGUGUCCGUCAAAGAGUCUCAUCUGCAGAGUACGAACCUCACUCACCUGCAAGCCGUCCUAGAGUCAGCAGAGUGCCUGGAGGCUGUUGUGGGCAUCCUCCACGUCUUUGCCUACGAGGACAGCUUUGGUGAAAAGCAGAGCUUGGUGGUGGAUGUAGUGGCAAACAACGGCCACACCUGGGUGAAGGCCGUUGGCCGGAAGGCCGAAGCCCUGCACAACAUCUGGUUGGGGAGAGGCCAGUAUGGAGACAAGAGCAUCAUCGAGCAGGCGGAAGACUUCCUGCGAGCGAGUCGCCAGCAGCCUGUUCAGUACAGCAACCCGCACAUUGUCUUUGCUUUCUACAACGGGGUGUCGUGCCCCAUGGCGGAGAGGUUGCAAGAGAUGGGCAUAUCGGUACGAGGGGACAUUGUUGCUGUGAACGUCCUGAGGGAGCCCACCAACGAAGGCCUCCAGUUAAGCUCUGGUGAAUCUGACGAAGAAAGCGGCAAGCCCUUGCCCGUGACUAAAGUGGAUCGGGGCAAGCUGGUCGCCAGUGUGGCUUUCCCCACCCAGAUCAGGGUGGACUCGUGCAACAGAAUUAACUUGGAUAUUACGACUUUGAUCACAUACGUCUCUGCCCUUAGCUACGGAGGCUGCUACUUCAUCUUCAAGGAGAAAGUCUUAACAGAGCAGGCCGUGCAGGAGAGGGAGGAGAGCGUCCUCCCAUCCCUGGAGGAAUUCGUGAAGGGCAAGGAGCUCUUUGCUUGCGAAUCUGCCGUCAAAGACUUCCAAGUCAUUUUAGAAACUUUAGGAGGGCCCGGGGAGAAAAACAGGGCUGCGUUACUCCUGGACAGGGUCAACGUGGUGCCAGAUCAGCCCUCCGAGCGUGCCUUGCAGCUAGUCCUCAGUUCCAAAAUCAAUAGCCGCUCGCUAACCAUCUUUGGGACGGGGGAUACUUUGAAGGCCGUUACCAUGACUGCAAACAGUGGCUUCGUUAGGGCAGCUGCCAACCAAGGAGUCAAGUUCAGUGUGUUUAUUCAUCAGCCGAGGGCGUUGACGGAAAGCAAAGAAUCUUCUGCCACGCCUUUACCCAGGCACUGACCUGAGUUGUAGCAGCGCACUCCCAUUGUUGAUGGCCGUUAGCAAUAUGUAAUCCAAUAGGGUAAAUCUUCCAAAAUAGUAUUUAUACCACCUCUUGAAGCAGUUUUGGAGCUAAAAAUUAACAAUUACCAGUGCAGGCAGAAGUGGAAUGGAGUGAUGUAAGGUAUGCAGGGCCGCUGCCAGAAAUGGCAAGCCUGUGUUGAGUUUUGCCCCCUGCCCCUCCAUGCCAUGUAGUACAGCUCACCCCCAAUGGUCUGACAUUGCUGGUCACCUUUGGCAAGAAAUUGCAAGGCACGUUGGUGUCUAGUACAACUUGCACCACAUCCUGAUGUGAUGAAGGGAAAAGGGGCGACGGUGGACAUACGGUGACUCCUCAUGUCCUUCAGAGUCUCUUUUCCAUCCAAAGAUAAGCACAAAUGAAUCCCCCCCGUUCAUUUCAGUAGAGUAAAAUGCUUUGAAAUGCUUAGGUUGGAUUAUGCCCCGACAUACUAUGUGUGGCCCAGAGCUGUGAGUGCUCCAGGAUCUAUGCUGGAAUGAAAAAUGCAGAGAAAGAUGAGGCUCUAUGCCUGAGUCAGAGCAGUGGCAGAGAGUGCCAUAGGCAUGGUCUAGUCAAAGCUGGGCACUUUGAAAUUCCAUUGAUUUUUAAAUGGGACAAGCUUUCAGUACAAGCCUGAACAGAGUUGCAGCCUUCUAAGGCCAUUGGCCUCAGAAUGGAACAACAUUUGAGUCCAGUGGCACCUUUAAGACCAACAAAGUUUA